AUGUAUUGUUGCUCCUUUCUUUCACGGCUGGGCGUCGGGAUGGCGAGCAUGAGCUCAACGCUCGUCGAGACCGUCUCCAUCAAUUAUGAAGACUUUAACGAGAGCUUCCUCACCUGCGGCACGUGUUUAUGCACUUAUGAUGGAGGGGAACACACUCCGAAGCUAUUACCGUGUUCGCAUACAGUGUGUUUACAUUGCCUUACACGAAUAGCUGCUUCACAAACCAGAGACGCAGGCAGUUUCAGAUGUCCUAUAUGUCGCGAACUAAUAACAAUUCCCCGAGGUGGGGUGCCCGCCUUACCUCCAUCCUUUCUCGUCAACCAACUUCUAGAUUUAAUGGCACGUCAACGGAGGGAAGUAAUACCACAGUGUAGUUCACAUCCAGGCAGAGAGUUACUUUUCUGUGAAACGUGUGACUGCGUUUUUUGUAGACACUGCGCCGACGGUCCUCACAGCGACACGCCUUGCGAUCACACAGUCGUACCAUUUUCAAUAGCUUUGAAAAGAAUGUCGGAGAUACUGUUGUAUAGAGCAAACGAAUGUCUGAGUAAACUGGGUUCAGCAAGAGAUGCAGUAGCGAGCGAACUAAGGCGUCUUGAAGCCGCUGCGACGGCGGCUGACGAAGCGAUAGACAGACACUUCGCAGAUCUAAAAGCAGCAAUAGAUAAACGCCAUAAUGAACUGAAAUCGGCUGCUGCCGCUGCCGCUACACAUAAGCGAAAAUUACUUGAGGAACAGCUUAAAUUAAUUGAUGCUGAAAAGGCUAAAGUUGAAGCAGAAUGCUCUGGUCUCCAGCAACAAGUGGAAGUCCGUGAAGUAAGCAGUCGAGCUGCAGCACUCGGGGCUCGAUUAGGUGACGCAGCCGCUCUGGCAGAACCAAGGGAGAACGCCUUCCUCGCAGUAGAUUUCGGACAUAAUGAUGCUCAACAGAGGUUUGGAGAAGCACUCUCCGAGCUAGGCAGAGUUCGAACUAGUACAACGUUUCCUGGGCUUUGUACGCUGUCUUUAGAAUCUGGCUGUGUUUGCGGUUUGGAAGUAGAAGUGGUGUUGCGCACAGUGGAUUACCACGGUGAAGCGCGAUGUACCGGCGGAGACCCGGUCAGUGCCGCUGCGACUAUAGACGAUGCGCCUCUGCCUUGCUCCGUUACCGAUCUUGAUACUGGACUUUAUAGGAUCACUAUGCGGCCGUGGACCGCGGGUGCUCUGUGCGUGCGCGUGCUGGUGUUCGCGCGCGGCGUGCGCGACUCGCCGCUGCGCGCGCAGGUGGCGCCCAGCGCCGCGCCGCUCGCCGUGUGGGGCUCCAGGGGCACUGGCAAGGAACAGCUCAGCCAGCCUGUCGCGCUAGCGAGAUGUCCAAAACGGCGGGAAAUAUACGUUCUCGACGCUGGCAAUUCGCGAGUAAAGGUGCUGGACGAUGAGACGUUCGCUUUUAAAACGGAUAUCGUUAAUGAAGGAUUAGCGGGUCGGAGCUGUACAGGGAUCGCAGUCACCGCAGACGGUAUCAUCGCAGUCAAUUGGCGUACUCGAACACUCACGGAGGUGUCGCCGGAGGGCGCGACGCUGCGCAGGCUGCGGCCGGCGCGCCUCGUGGAGCCGGUGUGCGUGGCGGCCGCGCGCGCCUCGCGCCGCCUCGCCGUCGCAGACAACGGCGCGCGCGCCGUGUUCCUGCUCGACGCGCGCGGGGACAUCGAGCGCGAGGUAGGCAACGGCGAAUUGAGUUUAGUGGGCGGCCUGGCGCUGUCGGACGAGUUGCUCAUUAUAGCCGACGUGGCGGUCAGAGUAUACGAUGUGGAGGGGAAUCUCAAGAACGUGUUUGCACCGGUGCCUAAAGGUCGCGGUGGUUACGGUGGCGUAGCGCUGGAGGAAGACGAAGGCGGAGCGCGCGUGGUGUGCGCGCGCUCGGUGCGCGGGCGCGCGGCGCUGGUCGUGCUGCAGGCCGCGGGGCCCUCCGCCGGACACGUGCUCGCCGCCGCAGACCUCGCCGACAAGAGACCGCGGCGGGUCGCCGGCAUUACACUGCUGCCCAACAAAAGGACCGGAUUUACAGGUAACAUUUACAGAGAGAGAGAGAAACGGAUGCAUCUGAAGGUGUAUCGGAAACGAAUUUCAUGCUAG